AUGUCUGACACCGAGAGAAUCUUGAUUUCUGAAAUCAAGACUGAGAAGCAUGAAGAAGAAGACACUGUCCCGGUUACCCCGAAGAAGCGAGACAAGAAGACCACUGAUGCAAGCGGUGAUGAAGAUGGCUGUCCAACCAAAAAGACCAAGAAAAGCCGCACCAAGAAGACCGGCCCUUUGGGCCCCAUCUCCACAACCCUCGACGAAGCCAGCGGUGAGGACAAAAUGAUUAUCCGCUUGAAAGAAGUGGAGGGAAAGACCUGGCCUGAGAUCCGGAAAAUUAUGGAAGAGACCACGGGCGCAAAGCUCGGAGGCAGCACUGUCCAAGUUCGCUAUGCUCGAAUGAAGGCGAAGUUCAGCGUGUUUGAGACAGAUGAUGAACCCCGUCUGUUCCAGAGUAAGAAGGAGGUUGAGGAGCGCUUCGAGCAGGAGAAAUGGCGGAAGAUCGCGGAUAGUAUCGAGGCCAAGGGUGGGUGCAAGUACCCGUCGGCAGUAGUUCAGAAGAAGUUCAAGGAACUCACCAAGAAGGGCAAUGGAGUUUGUGUCGCUGCUACUGCCAUGGAGGGAAGGACUGAACCGAGGAUUUAG